UUCUGUCAAACCUCUCAAAACGAACUUAUCAACAAAAUAAAACAUCGGUCUGUGUGUCAGUAUCACAUUAAAUAAAUAAAAACAGAGACAACCACUCGGCUUCACUAAUCGUAGAAGCAGAAAAGAAAUAGAUUUUCGAGAGAUAAAGUUGCGGCAUUUUAUUGUUGUGUGAUGGAACGUAAAUGUGAUGAAAUCUUUGCCGUUGUUUAACCUUAAAAGUUCUGUGUUCGUGCAACUUAAUUCGAGUGUCUCAGAUCUCGCCGGAAAUUUCUUGUAAUUCCAACAGUUACACUGACUGCCCGUGCUAAUUCUGGGUUAAAACAUGCAUGGGGAUUGGGGUAACGUGUGCCGGUAUUUUUUUGUUUUGUUAUGGCUAGUGUUAACCUUAUCUGCCGGAGUUCACAUAUUUUCGAAAGGAUUCCUGUUGUCCCGUGUUACCAACACUUACUACACAAACUGUACAGCACUGGAACGAUGCGCUGACGAAGAGAAUGACAAGUGCCUGUCCAAAUCGAAACUGGAUGGAAUGUUCAACGAUUUGAACAAAUCUACCGAGUUCUGUCUACCGAAAAAAUCGAAGGUCAUUCUAUUGGUGAUUGAUGCAUUAAAGUAUGACUUUGGAUUGUACGAUAAAGACAACAAAGACCCACUGCCACACGAAAAUCGUCUACCGAUUAUGCAUGAUUUGCUGGAAAAAGAUCCGAAUCAUGCGCGGCUGUUGCGCUUCAAAGCCGAUCCACCGACAACGACGAUGCAACGUCUGAAAGGAUUGACCACUGGCAGUUUGCCAACAUUCAUCGACAUUGGAUCGAACUUUGCAACGCCAGAGAUUAACGAGGACAACAUUAUCGAUCAAAUGGUGCGCCAGAAUUUAUCAAUUGUCUUUAUGGGCGACAGUACGUGGGUGGAAUUGUUCCCAGAUCGUUUCAGGCGACAGUAUCCGUUUCCCAGCUUCAAUAUUUACGAUCUCGAUACGGUCGAUAACGGAAUACGGAAAAUUCUGCCGAACGAAUUAAAGCGAAAUGACUGGGAUGUGAUGAUUGCACAUUUCCUGGGCGUGGACCAUUGCGGUCACAAAUACGGGCCAUUGCACAGCGAAAUGUCACGAAAGUUGACCGAAAUGAACGAGGAAAUCGAGAAGGUUAUCGAACAGAUGGACGACGACACCACAUUGUACGUUAUCGGUGACCAUGGAAUGACGGUAACAGGGGAUCAUGGCGGUGACUCCGCGGACGAAGUGAAUGCACUACUUUUUGCAUAUUCUAAACAACGAAAGUUUUUCGACGAUCCGGAAUUUUCGUCGCAAGAGAUGAAACAGAUCGAUCUAGUUCCCACACUUGCCAUCACACUCGGUGUUCCGAUUCCAUUUUCGAAUCUUGGUACCAUCAACUACAACAUUAUUCCCGACGUACCCACCGAACACUUCAAUCAACGUCAACAAUUUCUGAUGCAUUCUUGGCAUAAUGCAUUCCAAAUACGCCGGUAUCUCGCUAACAUCACCGAUAAUGCCAAGGCUUUGUUCGAACAGGACAUUUUGGAGCAACACUACACGAAAUUCAUUGUACUCUCUUACCGCGCCAUUUCGUUGUAUUCGCCGGCAGCACAGGACAAUUACCAUAAGGACUUGCAUGCGUACCUAGCCGAUGUGCAUCGAAUAUGCAGCGACAUUUGGGUGAAAUUCGAUCCGGGCCAAAUGAUGCAAGGACUGUUGUUUGUCGCGUUCGAAACGAUUUUCAUAUCACUGUUGAUCGGCAACCUGAAAGUGUACCAGCUGCAGAAAGUGUUCUCUCGUAAAAUUUUGUUUUUUGCGUACAUCAGCGAUCUGUUCAUCGCAACGGUAGUGGUGCAGUAUACGUGGCAAGUGUUUGGCUUUAGUUCGACGGAACACGCGGCUAUUGUGUUGGUGUCCAUUUACAAUAUUGGCUUUCUUGCCGUCUUGGUGAUGGCCAAUUGGCCCCAAAUAGCGAAGAGUCUCAGUGAAAUUCGGUUUACGAAUCCGUUUGCGCGUUUGUUGCUUGUAGCGUCGGUGUCCGUGUUUUUCUCGAACAGUUACAUAGUACAGGAGCAACAGGUGUUGUGUUACAUGCUGGCAGGAGUGUUACUGGCAUUUCUAUAUUCCAUCUGGAAAACAGGCGGCCUGUUCGACUUGCGAACGAAAUGGAAAUUGAACACCAUUUUUGGAGCCCCAUUCACACGCUUAGCACUGUUGACGACGAUUCUGAUUGUCGUUUUGCGAAAUUCUCAUGUGUAUUUCCGGUGUCGAGAGGAGCAGGGUAAUUGUACUAAUUUUGAAACUGUCAGCAAUUACUACGAGAGUGACAGAAGACCAUCAACUGCCAGCAACAGUGACGCAAGCAUCUAUCAUCCGACUCUAGCGCUGGCUAUUUUCAUCAUUUUGACGCGUUUGCAUCUGAAAUCAUGCGGAAAUUUGCGAGGACAUUCGUUUCACGUAUUCUUCGCCCAAUCCGGUGCAUAUUUGGGUGGCACUGCAGUGGGCAGCUAUUUCAUUCUAUCGCAAACAUCAACCCAUGGUGUCAAUCAAUGGCACAUCGAUGCACUAGCUUGGAUCGUUUACAGCCUUUCUGCCGUACAAAUUCUUCUUCUGCUUAUUUCACCGCUUCUGGUGGACAUAGACGACAGUGGUCUGUCGCUACUACCAGCGAACGGUAUUACGCACAUUUUCCACAAAAUUCGUAACGAAUUGAAUGCUAAUGGAUUUGCAAACGUUCGGGACGAUUAUGUGUACAAGAUUCCAUUGAUUCAUGGACUCACCACGAUCCAUUCAUCUGUGUUAAUUUCGGUCGGUUCGUGUGUGGCUUUGACGGUCGCCCUGUUGUUGGGACCGAAUGCGGCUGGUGGAUUGUUUUUGUCAUUGUACACGGCUGCUGGAAUCGCAAUUUUGAACGCAGUGCUGAGAUAUCAGACGGAACGUAGAUUGGACAAAUGCCUUCAGCCAAUUGCACUGACAACGGUAGCAUGGUCUCUUCUCGCCCAAUACGCCUUUUACGCAACAUCACAUCAACCAACCCUGUCGCAAAUCGAUUGGCAUGCAGCGUUUGUCGGCCGUCAGGCGUCAAUACAACACGACCAUACAAAUAGCAUAUCAGUAGUGAUGGUUUUGUUGAACACAUUUGGGGGACCAAUUUUGAUUUACCUUUUGUAUCCACUCACUAUGGUCACCGGUCCAACUUUGUUUGCAAAGUAUCGAUCACUAGUACCGCAACCACCGAAAACCGACGGAAAGUCGAAAAAUCCACAAGAAAUGCUUAGCGAUAAAUCGAAGAAAGUAGUUCAACCAAUGCAUGAUUUCGAUGUUAAUCGGGGAUGUAUUGUGUUAAUUGAGAACGAGUACAUUUUCAUUGGAACGCUGUUUCAAACGGGUGUUUCACUGGUGGUCAUAUUGGGACUAAGGAUAUUUUGCUCAAUGCUGGCAUGCACGAUCCACUGUCGCCAUUUGAUGGUUUGGAAAAUCUUUGCACCGAAAUUCAUUUACGAGGGCAUCACCAGCUACUUGGGUUUCGCAGCCAUAAUUGUUGGGUUUUUGAUAGCGGCUAAAGUUCACACGGCUACUGUCAGUUUUAUAAAGAAAAUUGCGAAGUGAGGGGCGUUCAAACUCACUCGUUUGGAGUGCUUGAAACGAAUGCUAUGUUGUCCAUGCAAUGAAAUGAGAAACGAUUUAUAGCACCGGUCGCAGUUAUUUGUUAUAAUAAUGUUGUUUUGUUUAGUUUUUAUUUAAAUUUAGUUUAAAUGUAGCAAGAAAUGGAAUUCGAAUAAAAAAAUUCAAAAAUUUAUCUC